GCCUCACAAGAGAUGUGCACCAGGAGCCUCUAAACAAAAGUAUAAAAUUAAUACAAAUAAAAGAAUAAAAUUAAUGCAAAUCUAAACAACAUUUUUUGUGACUAUCGCCAUGGGUUCAAGGGCAGGAACCAUGGGUGCUGGACAAAUCUUAUCAAUUUUGCUCAUACUUACACUGGCUAAUGCUCAAACAUCAAUAACUGGAGCUUCAACUACAACAGGAGGGUCAACAACGACCAGUGUUGCAACAACUGCAGGACCUACAUCAAGUGCUGCAUCAACAACAACUGGAGCGUCAACAACAACUGCUGCCUCAACUACAAUGGGAGGUUCAACAACAACUGGCGCAUCAACAACAACUAGUGAGUCAACAACAACUGCUGCCUCAACUACAACAGGAGGUUCAACAACAACAACUGAUGGAUCAAUGACUGGUGCCUCAACUACAAUGGUAGGUUCAACAACAACUGGUGAAUCAACUACUGGAGGGACAACAACAACUGGCGCAUCAACAACUGGUGAGUCAACAACAACUGCUGCCUCACCUACAACAGGAGGUUCAACAACAACUGGCGGAUCAACAACUGUUGCCUCAACUACAACAGGAGGUUCAACAACAACUGGCGGAUCAACAACUGGUGGGUCAACAACUGGUGGGUCAACAACGACUGCUGCCUCGACUACAAUUGGAGGUUCAACAACAACUGGUGGAUCAACAACUGGUGGGUCAAUGACAACUACUGCCUCAACUACAAUGGGAGGUUCAACAACAACUGGUGGAUCAACAACUGCUGGGUCAACAACCACUGCUGCCUCAACUACAACAGGAGGUUCAACAACAACUGGUGGAUCAACAACUGGUGGAUCAACAACCACUGCUGCCUCAACUACAACUGGAGGGUCAACAACAACUGCUGGAGGGUCAACCACAACUGCUGCCUCAAUUACAACAGGAGGUUCAACAACAACUGGUGGGUCAACAACAACUGGUGAGUCAACAACAACUGCUGCCUCAACUACAACAGGAGGUUCAACAACAACUGGUGGAUCGACAACUGAUCGGUCAACAACAACUGCCGCAUCAACAACUGGUGAGUCAACAACAACUGCUGCCUCAACUACAACAGGAGGUUCAACAACAACUGGUGGGUCAACAACAACUGCUGCCUCAACUACAACGGGAGGGUCAACAACAACUGGCCCAUCAACAACAACUGCUGGAGGGUCAACCACAACUGCUGCCUCAACAACAAAAGGAGGGUCAACAACAACUGGUGCAUCAACUACAACAGGAGGUUCAACAGCAACUGGUACAUCAACUACUGGAGGGUCAACAACAACUGGUGAGUCAACAACAACUACUGCCUCAACUACAAUGGGAGGUUCAACAACAACCGGUGAGUCAACAACAACUGCUGCCUCAAGUACAACAGGAGGUUCAACAACAACCGGUGAGUCAACAACAACUGCUGCCUCAAGUACAACAGGAGGUUCAACAACAACUGGUGGGAGGUUCAACAACAACUGGCGGAACAACAACUGGUGGGUCAACAACAACUGCUGCCUCAACUACAGUGGGAGGGUCAACAACAACUGCUGCCUCAACUACAAUGGGAGGUUCAACAGCAUGUAUUUAGAGGUCAACAACUGGUGA